GGCGGCCCUAGCAAUGGUGGCGGGACGGCGGGAAUGGGCCGGCGGCUGAGGAGGAAGUCGCGGGGCGGCGGCGGCCCGUGGGGAGCGGAGAGGGAGUCUUUCCCAGCUGCACCUGGAGAUGCCAAGGAUUGAACCUGGGACCUUUUUGAAUGCACAUUGAGCUGUGGCCCCAUCCCCUAAGCUUAAGAGAGCUGCUUUAUUCUUCAAGCUCCCUCCACUUAGCGACUGGCAGGAAAGGAUUCUGGGUCAUGAACAGGGUGUCCAGAGCAUAUGUAUGCACUUAAGAGGAUCUUAAUAGAGUUAGUGGAAAAUUACACAGAAGAGGAUUUCACAGUAAAGACUGGACUUGCAAACUUCCUUUUCAGCACAGUACAGUCAAUAUUUCCAUUGGUGCUGUGUCUGUGUGUUUGUACUUUGGACAUCUUGUGCCUGCUUCACAAGAAAAUGGAAUUUCAGUUCAACUUUUCAAUAGACAAUGCAGCAGAAAACAGAACAGAGUCUAUUGGGAAUGGGAAGUUACAGCAGGGAAUGAUACAGAAGUCUGUAGUCCUGUUGGAUAAACAAGAAAACACUGCAGAAAAUAGGAAAGAGGUGUCCUCAGAAGAAAAUAUAUUAAACCAGGAGCCGUUAUCAGAAAUCACUAUUAAUGAGUCAGACAGUGUUUUAAGUAAAAGUGAGGCCAUGGCUUUGUCAAAGCAACACUUGUGUCCUAAAUCUGUCAAGGAACAUAAUGUCCCUAAAGAUGUCAGCAAAGUGUUAGAAAAUAAAAUUGUGGGGGUUCUACCAGCCAUGAACCAUGUAAAUAUAUCCAUAGUGGAGAUGGCACUCCCAGAUGAGUUCCUUGGGGAAGACAUAGUGUCUAAAAGUAUUUCUUCUCAGUCUGACCUAAUCACAGGUGUUUAUGAAGGAGGUCUGAAGAUCUGGGAGUGCACCUUUGAUCUCAUGGAUUAUUUGUCUGAAUCUAAAAUUCAGUUUGCACACAAGUUAGUUUUAGAUCUUGGCUGUGGGGCUGGACUGCUGGGAAUAGUUGCAUUAAAAGGAAAAGCUGAAGAAGUCCAUUUUCAGGACUAUAACAGCUCUGUGAUUGAAGAAAUAACCCUGCCUAAUGUAUUGAUUAACUGUGCUCAUGAUGAUGAUGUUGAAGGAAUUACUGAGAGUCCUCCAAAACGAUGCAGGAAAGAAAACUUUACCCAAGACUUGCUGUCUAAAUGCAGAUUCUUUUCUGGGGAAUGGUCAAAGUUCACUAAAUUUCUUUUAAAUAGCAAUAAUCCCUUAGCAAAAUAUGAUCUCAUACUCACCUCAGAAACUAUUUACAAUCCUGAUUACUAUGAGGCUUUGCAUGAUACACUUUCAAGUUUACUUGCAAUAAAUGGUUGUGUAUAUUUGGCAAGCAAAGCCCAUUAUUUUGGGUGUGGAGGUGGGGUCCUCCUUUUUACAAAAUUCAUUGAAGAGAAAAAGGUGUUUAAGUGUAGAAUGGUUAAAGUUAUUGACAAAGGGUUAAAGCAUUAUAUAAUUGAACUGGUCUUUAGGAAUUCCUGUACUAACAUGCCACUGCAAUAAUAAAGACAUGUUUUUGCUUU